AUGAUAACAAAAAAAUUAAAAAAUGAAUUUAAUUUUGGAGGAUAUUGUUAUCCUAAAUUACAAAGUUACAAAUACAAAAUGAGAGAAUCUCAGGCUAAGAAAGAAUUACCUUUAUUGAGCAAGGUCAUUACAUAAGGGACAGAGAAUUUUAGAGUCUUGAAUUGCCUUCUAGAGUGGCAAGAUUUGAAAACUCUUUUUUCUUCAUAAAAUAUUAAAUAUGAAUUAUGUGAUCAUUUGGAAACCAAAGAAUUAUAUUUAAGUGAGAUUUCAAAAGAGAAUUUGAUGAGCUGGGAAAUCCUAAAGAGAUAAAGGCCCUUUCAAUUCUGA